UUCACAUUAACUGCCCUUUAGGAAGAGAAACUGGUCUACUGUCGACAUGACCGACCCUCCGUUUCUUUGCUUCUCUUCUCCCUCUUCACUUCAAUGCGGAAAAAUCUGGAAAAAGAUCUGAUGUACUAUCUGGUGGAUCAUAACUACAAUAAAAACAAUGAUAACUAUAGAGCUUAAAGAAAGUAUGCAAAGGAAUCGUGAGGCAUCGAUUAGGUGCCUCCAGAGUAAGGGAUUCCCUUACAAUCUGCCAGACAAUGGAAAUACCAUGGAAGGGUGUCCUGAACUGAAGGAUGAAAACAGUGUGCAUCCAGGUGGUGGUAUUGUGGAACCUGAGAAUUCUUUAAGCAAUGAAACCUAUGCGCCUCCAAGUGAAAGUUUUCAUAGACCCAUGUACCAACAAGAUUUUUGCAUGUGGUCAAGUUACCACCCUGACUUUCAAAAGGUGCAGCCAAACCAAUGGAAUGCUUUUGAGAACCACUUCUACCCCAUGAAUCGUGAAAACCCUCAUCCUGUGGAUAACCGAUUUCAAUACAUGCCUUUCAAGAUGUACUCUCAUGGUUACCCACAUGAAUUCCAGUUUCAAGAGUUUCAAUACUUUGUGGUGAUAGACUUUGAGGCAACGUGUGAUAAGGAAAAGAAUCCCCAUCCACAAGAAAUCAUUGAAUUCCCAUCUGUCCUUGUGAACAGUGUGACUGGGCAACUAGAAGCUUCUUUUCAAACAUAUGUGCGGCCUACGCUUCAUCAGAACCUCAGUGAAUUCUGCAAGGAGCUGACUGGCAUCCAGCAAAUUCAGGUGGAUAGAGGCGUUUCAUUAGGUGAAGCUUUACUUAUGCAUGAUAAGUGGCUGGAAGACAAGGGAAUUAAGCACACUAACUUUGCGGUGGUGACAUGGUCGAACUGGGAUUGCCGGGUAAUGUUGGAAUCGGAAUGCCGCUUCAAGAGGAUCCGAAAACCUCCAUACUUCAACAGAUGGAUCAACUUAAAAGUCCCAUUCCAUGAGGUCUUUGGUGGGGUUAGAUGUAAUCUCAAAGAGGCAGUCCAGUUGGCUGGUCUGAUGUGGGAGGGGCGUCCUCAUUGUGGCUUAGAUGAUGCAAGGAACACUGCACGCCUGCUUGCCCUCCUCAUGCGACGGGGCUUCAAAUUCUCCAUAACCAACUCUCUGACAUGGCAGUCUGCUGAACACCCAUCAACUUGGCAGCAGUGCCCAGAACACCCAUUAGGUCCAAACCAUUACCAACUCAAGCUGAAGCAGCCGGUGAUGCCCUUCUUACAGUUCCAUGCUGCCCAUGUGGACCCUGGAAAGGAGUGGCGCAUGUACUGCUACUGUGGAGUAAAGAGCAGCAAACGCAUGGUCCGGAAGCCUGGACCCAAGCAAGGGAGCUACUUCUUCGGGUGUGGUAAUUGGACUGCUACUAGAGGUGCCCUAUGCCCUUAUUUCGAAUGGGCUUCACCAUGACUCAGGUCUUGCUGUACAACUUGGUCAUGUCCUAAGCUUGGCCCAGGAUCUUCUCUGUAGAAAGAGAGGAACCAUAAAAAUCAUAGAAAAAAAAUUUAGAGGUUGGCGGUUAGCUGUGGAAGCGUAUAAGCUCUAGCUCUUUGGCUGCUUCUAUGGAGUUUCUGCUUCUUCUUAGUUCUUACAACAUACAUAUUAUAGUCUCAGAAGUGUCUCUGCUUGGUGUCUCUAUAAGAAGUCCUUAUUUAGGGGGAAUCUAACUUGUAAAACUGACUUCUUGUUGACAUAAGAGGGAAGAAGAGGGAAUGUGAAGAAUGUCUAUUUAGGAGGAUCGUUUACAUGCUCAAACAUGCUUAAAAUUAUCAGAAAUAAUCUGUGAAAUGGAGACAGAUUUGAUCUUCUUGUGUUUUUUUUUGGUUUUUUGUUUUUUUUCAAUGGAAAUGGGCAAGUGAAUCUGUUUGAUAUCA